AUGACGGAUUUAAGUUUUUCAUGGCAAGCACCACACAAUCAACAAUCAUCACCAACGUCCGUCUUGUUGAGUAUGAGCCAUGGAAGUGUUAGUAGCAGCAGUAGCACCAGCAUCAUCACUCCGAGCACAGAUUUCAAUUAUCUACAACAUAGUAUUCCAUCUAACGCUUCUCCUUUGUUAGCCAGUUAUCACUCUCUCAGCAAUAUUCAAACGACAGCCUUGACUUCAUCCUUCUUACAUCAUCAGCAUCAUCAUGGAGAUACUCCUCCCUCGCCCAUCACCAACCAAUGUUUAACGGGUAGUAAUCAUUAUGAUCCGAUUCUAUUACUUCACUUUUUGCAAGAAGCCAAACGUUUGGAUCCUCUCUCACUGAUGAAUGAAGCCAAAGAGAAUGCAAAAAAGAAACUUGUAGAGGAGAAGGAAAAAACACCAAAUCGUACAGAGAUCAGUCUUUACUGGAUCACAAUAACUCCACAUUGUUCGGAAAGACAAAGGAAAGGUGUGUGUGAAGUGGCUGAAUUAUUAAUGAGAUAUGCUCAUGAUAACAACAAGAAGUGGCUCUUACAGACGGCUUGUGUCAAGUCGGUCUUGUAUGGAUUUGAAAUGGAUGAAGUGUUGCAUGGGUUAGUGUGGUUAGUGAGCGAGAAAAUUAAAUCCCUCAAUAUGAAUCGUGCAAGUUGCAGUGGUGGAUCAAGUACCAAUAAUUCACCAAGAAUUGCUGGAAUGUUGACUCAUUCCACGGACCAAAAUCGUGUCCAACACAACAUGACGAAUAAGGCAGUCAUGGAAAAUAGAAAUGGUGACUCAUGCACUCCAAGGAAUGUCACAAAAUCAACAGAACAAUCACCACGGAAUUCUGUUGAGCCUGUAUCUGUGAUUCCUUCCAAUAUUGUAACCUCCAUGAGCCCUACUGAAAACGUCAAUUCAAACUCUCCUCCAGGAACUCCAGGUACCCCGGGCUCCAUCAAAAGAAAAACUCCUGUAAAAGUAGUGAGGGUUCUUGGCAAUGAAUCAUCGUCCCCUUGUUCAUCUCCAGAGUCUGCUGGUACUAUUGCAAGCAAGCCACAAAUUGUAUCAGCUGGAAGUAUUGCAAGAAAAGGCACGGUGGCAACACGAGUCGUGAAAAGAAUUCAAAAACAAACUGACAGUCCCUCGAGCACUCCACCAGCAAGUCCUCGUUCCGAGUCAUCAGAAAAGCAGUAG